AUGAUCAUUCUCUAUUUUUUGUUUCUUAUUCUCUGUGAUGUGUCUCUGGCGAGAAAUGUGAAGACCACAUCAAAUCAAAACCAAAAGAGUACUUACAUAGUACAUGUUGCAAAAUCCCAAAUGCCAAAAAGCUUCGGUCACCACUCGGCUUGGUUCGAAUCAACUUUGAAGUCAGUUUCUGACUCAGCGAAAAUGAUUUACACCUAUGAGAAAGCUAUUCAUGGAUUCUCAACAAGGUUAACACCAGAGGAAGCUCGUUUCUUGCAAAGCAAAAACGAGAUUCUAAAGGUGCUGCCAGAUGAAAUCUACAAGCUCCAUACAACUCGAACCCCACUUUUCCUCGGGCUCGAUAAAAUCGCUGCAAGCAUAUCCACCCAAUCCAAUAUAGGACAUAGUGAUGUCAUCAUCGGAGUCAUAGACACAGGUGUUUGGCCUGAGAGCAAGAGCUUUGACGACACCGGGUACGAACCCAUCCCCAGCACCUGGAAAGGAAAAUGCGAGGUAGGUGCAAAUUUCACAACCGCCAACUGCAACAAGAAACUAAUCGGUGCCAGGUUCUAUAAUAGUGGCGCCGGUUCUAUGGAGUUUCUCUCUCCGCGCGACGAUAAUGGUCACGGCACCCACACUACCAGCACUAUUGCGGGCUCUCCUGUGCAAAACGCGAGCCUCUUCGGUUACGCUGCUGGAACGGCGCGUGGCAUGGCCCCGCGCGCUAGAGUUGCCGUCUACAAGGUUUGUUGGAAGGAUGGUUGUGCUAUAUCUGACGUAUUGGCUGCGAUAGACCAAGCCAUCAUUGACAACGUGAAUGUCCUUUCUUUGUCGCUCGGAGGCGAUUCGUCUGAUUACUCCCAUGAUAGCCUUGCGAUUGGAGCAUUUUCGGCAAUGGAGCAUGGGAUUGUUGUGUCUUGCUCCGGCGGGAACAAUGGUCCUGAACCCUCUUCUAUCACUAAUGUGGCACCUUGGAUUAUCACGGUGGGAGCAGGCACAAUCGAUCGAGAUUUCCCUGCUUACGUUAGCCUCGGAAAUGGAAAAAACUAUUCUGGUGUGUCCCUUUACGGUGGCAAAAAAUUGCCAGAUAAACCUGUUUUGCCACUCAUCUUUGGCGGGGAGUGUGAGUCAGAAAGCUUUUUGAAGCAAAAAGUCAAGGGAAAUAUUGUGGUGUGUGAUCGCGGAUUAAACGAUAUGGUGUUUAAAUCAAUAAAGCUGAAAUUCGCAGGUGGUUUAGGUAUGGUGUUGGCCAACGACGCAGCUAAUACAGGGAAUCUGAAGGCAGAUCCAUUUGUUUUGCCAGGACUUAUGGUGGACGCAAAAGCAGGCGAAGCCAUCAAGCAGUACUUGACUUCUGAUCCGAAACCGAUAGCAACGAUUGUGUUUGAGGGAACAAAGGUCGGGAUCGAGCCUUCCCCUAUUGUUGCACGGUUCAGCUCUAGGGGCCCAAAUCCUAUCACCAACAAAAUAUUGAAGCCUGAUUUGAUCGCGCCAGGUGUCAACAUCUUAGCUUCAUUUUCCAGGAAUGUGAGUCCAAGUUCUUUAGAUUUUGAUGAAAGGAGAGUGGAUUUCAACAUCUUGUCAGGAACGUCCAUGUCAUGCCCUCAUGUGAGUGGGAUUGCGGCUCUGAUCAAGUCGGUUCAUCCAGAUUGGAGCCCUGCCGCCAUUCGGUCUGCGCUGAUGACAACAGCUUAUUCAACCUACAAGAAUGGUAAGCCAUUGUUGGAUAGUGCAACUGGAAAACCAGGGACACCGUUUGAUUUUGGUGCAGGACAUGUGGACCCUGUUUCUGCACUUAAUCCAGGGCUUAUUUAUGAUUUGACUGCAAAUGAUCAUCUGGAUUUUCUCUGUUCGUUAAACUACACACCCGAAAUGAUUGAACUCGUGGCGAAGAGAAAAUACGUGUGCGAUGGAAAGAUACACUACUUUAAUUACCCUUCAUUUGUUGUGAUUUUUGAAGCUGGUAACAAUGAUACACAGGUUAAGCAAAUGCGAACUCUCACUAAUGUGGGUGCUGCGGGAACGUACAAGGUAUCAGUUCAGACAGAUAUCCCAGGCGUCAAGAUCAUAGUUGAACCGGAAGUGUUGAGUUUCGGGGUAAAUGAGAAAAAAUCCUAUACUAUUACAUUCACUGCAUCAGGUGUGAAGCAGCAGCAAACUCCAGGUUUUGGACAUUUGGAGUGGUCUAAUGGAAAGAACAUUGUUCGAAGUCCUAUCGUAUUUAGUUGGGACCAAUGACUGAAAGCCUCAUGAAGCUUGACGACCAAAGCCACUUUACUAACUGAAGGAAGAGCGUCUUGGUUGGCUAAUGGUUAUGGUUAUAACUAGAGUAAUACAUUUGAAUCUCAAAUAACAAAAGAUCUUGUACUAUAUAGCUCGAGGUUAAUGAAAAGGUUUUUUUUUUGUU